AUGAACGACUCUUCAUGCUUGCAGACCGCAUUAUCGGGAGGGUUCUAUCAGUUGUCCUUUUUCUCAUGGUUACACAUAUCUUUUCUAUAUCUUCUUCCCCAUUCGAUGAAAGUACGAAAAGGAACCCCUCGGCACGGGAUCUCGGAGGGGUAUGUGGUGUGCACACGUUACGCAUACAUAUAUACUUGUAUGUAUGUAUUUAUUUGUUUUGCGUUUACCCCUUCCCCACUGCAUUGA